GAGACCAAAAGUUUCAAUCGUCCGAUCAUGGCUUCCUCUCUUCCUCCACUCAUCUUCUUCACCGUCUUCUUCGUCCUCCAGUCUCUCUCGGCCGUCGCCGAUCACCACGUCACCAGAUCGCGUUUCAAACCUCCUCAUUUCUCUCCUCUCUUCUUCUCUUCUUCUUCCCAAAACGUCACAUCACCACCUACUCGCUACUUCGAGGUCAGAAAGCCUCCCGUUCCCGAUUUCCCGACAGCUCAACGACCGUGCUCGCAUCGAGUUCUCCACCAUGACUUCGGCUACACCUAUGCUAAACCACCGGUUCUCGCCAACUACACCGUCCCUUCUCACUGCCCGUCUCGAGAAUUCUCCAAAAUCGUCCUCGAAUUCAAAUCCACUUGCCAGGGAAGACAAUUCGACCGGAUCUUCGGCGUUUGGCUUGAUGGAGUCGAGAUUCUCCGGAGCUGCACCGCCGAGCCUAGAGCAAACGGAAUCGUUUGGUCUGUCGAGAAAGAUGUGACAAGGUAUCACUCUAUGCUCGUCAAGAACGAGACUCAGAUCCUCGCUGUUUAUCUCGGUAAUCUUGUAGAUAAAACAUACACUGGCGUUUACCAUGUCGAUGUGAUCUUCCAUUACUAUCCAAUCGAAAGAAAUCCGCGAGAUUCUUCUUCUGUAUUAUCAUCUGGUUACAGCUCUCCUCAAGCCGAUAUGAUCCUCCCGGUUUCGCGAAACCUUCCGCUAAACGAUGGUUUGUGGUUUGAAAUCGUGAACUCGAAUGAUUCCAAGUACAAGGAGUUCGAAAUCCCUAGGAAUGUGUAUAGAGCUGUUCUUGAGGUUUAUGUUUCUUUCCAUGAGAAUGAUGAGUUUUGGUAUGGAAAUCUUCCUAAUGACUUUGUUAAGGCCAAGAAUCUCAGUGCUGCUGGUAAUGGACCUUUCAGAGAAGUUGUGGUUAGCCUCGACGAGAAAACUGCCGGUGCGGUUUGGCCUUUCCCUGUUGUUUUCACCGGAGGAAUCAAUCCUUUGCUAUGGAGACCAAUCACAGCUAUUGGCUCUUUUGAUUUGCCAAGUUAUGACAUCGAGAUCACGCCUUUCUUGGGAAGCUUGUUAGAUGGGAAGAGUCAUAAGCUGGGGUUUAGCGUGACCAAUGCGUUGAAUGUUUGGUAUAUUGAUGCGAAUUUGCAUCUUUGGUUGGAUCAGGAGAAGGAGAUAGUCGAAGGGAAGGUGUUGGAGAUCAGUAAAAGCUCUCUGGAUAUUAGCUCUGUCUCGGACUUCAAGGGCGUGAAUGGAAACUUUACUACGAAAGCAAAGAGGUCGAUAACUUCGACCGGGCUGGUCAAAUCCUCUCAUGGAGACAUCAUAACUAAGGCCAAUCAAGAAUUCAGCUAUGUAAAUACGAUGGUGUUAGGUAAAGAUGGAAACUUGCAGAUCAUAGAUCAGCUGAUCCAAGCCGAUGACCGUAUUAACGCCAAGAAGGGCUCGAGAGAAAUCCACGCAGCAAAAUCCAUCAAGAGCUUCCCUUUUUACCUCUACUCAGACUCGUUGAAGCAACAGGAUGACACAUCUCUGGAGAUUGCAAAUGUGACGAUGGGAUUCAACGAGGAGAAAUCAGAGAGCAACAACGGGUUGAGGAGAAAGAGCAAGCUGGAGAACAAGCAAGAAGGGCAAGGAGUUAUGGUGGUGAAGAAUAACUUAGUGGUCGAUGGAUAUGGAGGCACUCAACAAGUGUAUAACUAUGUUGGAAGUGACCAAUGUUACUUCAGGAACAUCAGUAGCUUCAACUACACCAUUCUAUAUGACAAGCUUGAAACUGUUUGCAAGAAGAAUACACUGAAGCUGCCACCACGGCUCGAGCAUCUAAUCAGACAACCCUUUUUGGCUUGAUAUAUGACCAGAGACAUAGACAUCGCUUUUGCUGUGAGUGACAGUGGAGAAAGAAACAUCACAAAUAAAUAAAAAAGGUUUCUUUAUGUUUCUCCUGUUUUUCCCGGGUUUUAGACGAUGUCUUGGUGAGAUUUGCUGUAUAAACUGUCUUCCUGGUCAACAAGGCUCUUCCAUCGUGUUGUGUGACUCAUGUGCAAAUUAACACUGUCACUGUGUGAUAGUAAACCGAUCAAUUUUAAUAGAAAUA